AAAACAACCGGAACCCAAUGAAUUGGCAAAUUAUGAAUAUCAAGAUCAUGUUAAUCAAUCUAAUCAAAUAAAUAAAUUGAUAACUGCUACUACUCUGACUAAUAAUAAUAGUAGUGGUAGUAAAGAUCCUGGUGCAUUUGAAACACAUCGUCGUCAACUAUCUUCUACAUCAUCAAUCAGUUUAGGUUAUGCUACAGGUCCUGGAACAAUUGCAACUCCUUCAUCCGCCUCUUCAUCAUCUACUAGCUACGGUUAUGGUUAUGGAUAUGUAGGUUCAGGAAGUUUAGCGAGUUAUGCAAGUACUAGUAGCAGUGGAAGUAGUGUUGGUAAUGGUCCAAUUAAUGGUAAUUAUUUGAGCACAAUGCAUCGUCUUAGUAAUCAAAAUUUGAGGAAUCCAUCUUUAACUGGAGAGUCUAUCAGUAGUAACUGGUCAGGUUUGAAUUCUCAAGGUCAGUGUUAA